AUGACGAAGGCAAAGGCAGAGGCGCUGCUGCCGCUCCCAACCGCCAAAAUUUCCUUCCUGCGCAACUUCUUCACGCGCGCCACCUCGCCCACCACAAUGGCCGCUACCAAGACAAAGGUCCAGUCCAUCAUCGACGAGAACCCCGUCGCCGUCUUCUCCAAGUCGUACUGCCCAUACUGCCGCCAGACCAAGCAACUGCUGAGCGAGAGCGGCGCAAAGUUCUACGCCAUCGAGCUCGACCAAGUCGAUGACGGCUCAGCCAUCCAGGCCGCCCUUGGCGAAAUCACGGGCCAGACCACGGUACCCAACAUCUUCAUUGCCCAGAAGCACAUUGGUGGAAACAGCGAUCUGCAGGCAAAGAAGGGCCAGCUCAACACCCUGCUCAAGGAUGCCGGUGCCCUAUAA